CUGACGGAUGAAUAAUGUGAAUGCACGACGCGUCUCCGCUCUUUGGCUCCAAAAUGACUGUGUAGUUGGUUGUCAACUGGUCUCCCCCACCUCCACCUCCGCCUCCACAGGGCUUUUUCCAAGGACAUGAGCUUUCAAUUGCAGCCAUAUAUCGCGCCCGCAAGGCCCUCUUGCAGCGCGGAAAUGAUGACAGGCUCAUGGACAGCUGCGAUGGAGAUGAUGUGGGCCUCGCGUUCCACAUUUACAGAUGAUGCACUGGCCAAUCUGGACUUCUGACCGAAAGACGCAGUGCAGUGACUAGCUUCCCAUAUGAAGAAUAACGGACGUUAUUAUCGACCGGGGAUUACCAGCCCACUUUGUCCAUUAUGCUUUACGCUGAAGACGAUAAGCUCAUCUACCGAUUUGAUGACCACAUUCUUUGGAUCCAGCCAUGGAGCGAGAAUGCUUUUCGUAUAAGAGCCACAAAACUGGCGUCUAUGCCCUCUGAAGAUUGGGCACUCUCCGCAAAGCCGAGCACACAGCAGCCGAUCAUUGAAACACCCGCCGGCAAAGAGGCCAGCAUUUCCAAUGGCAAAAUCAAGGCGGUUGUCUCCCAGCGAGGCAAGAUCACAAUCUACAACUCCAACGGUAAAAAGCUCCUGGAAGAAUAUGCCCGUCAUCGCCGCGAUCCAAUGGACCCGAAAUGCAGCGCCCUCGAGAUUGAAGCGCGCGAGCUCCGACCAAUCCUGGGAGGAGAUUACCAUCUCACGAUGCGAUUGGAGUCGCUAGACCCCAAGGAGAAGAUCUACGGUAUGGGCCAGUAUCAGCAGCCGUAUCUGAAUCUCAAGGGAGUCGACUUGGAGUUGGGACACCGGAAUUCCCAAGCUAGUAUUCCGUUUGCUCUCUCUUCUCUUGGGUAUGGUCUUUUGUGGAACAAUCCCGGGAUCGGACGAGCCGUGCUCGGGACAAACAUCAUAAGCUUUGAGGCCUAUUCGACAAAGGUCCUCGACUACUGGGUCAUUGCGGGUGAUACGCCGGCGGAGAUCGAAGAAGGAUAUUGCAAAGUGACAGGUUAUGUCCCGAUGAUGCCAGAGUAUGGUCUGGGAUUCUGGCAGUGCAAGCUCCGCUAUUGGAACCAGGAGCAGUUGCUCAACGUCGCGCGAGAGUAUAAACGACGCAAUGUUCCUUUGGAUGUUAUUGUAGUUGACUUCUUCCACUGGAAGCACCAAGGAGAGUGGAGUUUUGAUCCCAAAUUCUGGCCGGAUCCAGAUGCGAUGGUGAAAGAACUCAAGGACAUGAAUGUGGAGCUCAUGGUCUCCAUCUGGCCCACGGUCGAGAACCUCUCCGAGAACUACCCGGAGAUGCUCGAACGCGGUCUGCUGAUUAGACAUGACCGCGGCCUUCGAGUAGCUAUGCAAUGUGAUGGAGACGUCACGCAUUUCGACGCGACGAACCCCGAGGCUCGCAAAUACAUCUGGGAAAAGGCGAAGAAAAACUACUACGACAAAGGGAUCAAGAUCUUCUGGCUUGACGAAGCCGAGCCUGAAUACUCGAUCUACGACUUUGACAUUUACCGCUACCAGGCUGGCAGCAACCUACAGAUCGGCAACAUCUUUCCCCGGGAAUAUGCGCGGGCGUUCUACGAUGGUAUGGAGGCCGAGGGUCAGAAGAACAUCGUGAACCUGCUCCGGUGCGCUUGGGCCGGCAGCCAAAAGUAUGGUGCUCUCGUCUGGAGCGGCGACAUCGCGUCGUCGGAUCCCGUGGUGGACGACGGAUAUCGGGGCUUCCACGGGGGCAACCCUGCCGAUCCUGCGUUCCGGGAACUCUUCACACGGUGGUUCCAAUGGGGUACGUUCUGUCCCGUGAUGCGUCUGCACGGUGACCGGGAGCCCAAGCCUGAAGGCCAGCCAACGGCUCCGGGCGCCGACAAUGAGAUCUGGUCCUAUGGCGAGAAGGUGUAUGAGAUCUGCAAGAAAUACAUCGACAUUCGAGAGGAGCUGCGGGACUACACCAGGAGUCUGAUGAAAGAGGCGCAUGAGAAGGGCACGCCGGUCAUUCGGACUCUAUUCUAUGAGUUCCCGGAGGACAAGAAGUCUUGGGAGGUUGAGACGCAGUAUCUGUUUGGGUCCAAGUAUCUUGUUGCGCCAGUCCUUGAGGCCGGACAGCGAAAGAUCACGGUGUAUCUACCCGCAGGAGCUUCCUGGAAGCUAUGGGGGGAGGAAACGGAGCGUCCUGGAGGGCAGGAUGUUGAGGUUGCAUGUCCCAUUGAGACGAUGCCGGUCUUUGUCAGGGUAUAG